CCGCUUGUCGUGCUUCCUGCUCUGCUGAGGGAGGGGACGGUGCUGACGGCUGGGAGGACGCGAGGAGCGACAAGAAAGCCUUGGGAAAGACACAAGAGAGCGGGGGAAACGGCCCGGAUUUCCACCGUCCGUCGGGAGAUAAAAACAACCCCAAGUUUCCGCAGCGGCCGAAAUUGUCACCGAAGAGGCGCCGAAAAAAAUGUCGACUAGUCGUCAGCUGAGCGAGAGCAGGGCCAUCCCGACCAGGACGGUGUUGAUCAACGACACAACGCAGCUACCUCAUAACUAUUGUACCACCCCUGGAGGCACUUUAUUCUCUACCACUCCUGGAGUGUCACAGUGCCCUCUACUGGUCAAGCUGCAAACUUACCUGCAAAUGCAAACACGACAGCCUCCAUCUCCAUCUCCCCUCGCCAAGAAGACAGUUCUGUCUCAAGGAACGCGGAUCAUCUACGACCGCAAGUUCUUGCUGGACAUGCGGAACUCGCCCAUAGCCCAAACCCCGCCGGCCCACCUGCCCGUCAUCCCUGGUGUGACCAGCCAAAACACGCUCAACGAGAACCGCAAGAACGAAGCCAACAACCACAUCAACAACCACGACGGGAAGCCAGCCACCGGUGACGACGCUCAGUUUGAAAUGGACAUCUAACAGGCCGCAUCCGCAGCAGUAACACCCCAAAAAAAACCUCAACAAAAAAAACAAAGUAAAUGACCUGGCACGCUCCGGUGUGCCAGAGGCUUGGCUUAUUAGAAACCAAUGUUGUUGCGCCCUCGUGGCAGCCAUCUUCUUUCGCUCUCCGCCUCCUUGCUGCUGGAUGUAACGUGUGUUUCAAGUUGUGGGGGUUCAGUGCGUGCCGGUACUGGGAACUGGGUUUAUUUGAAUAGAUAUCCGUAGCUACUGUACUAUUCCACCACCACACCAACGGAGCUUAUCAUGCACACUUUCAUGGCUCCUCAACAGAGCACACUUUAAAACCAAUAAUCUCACCGACUCCAGGGAGGGAGUGGCUUUUUUUUUUAAUUUACUUUGGCCUUAAAUCUUUGAUUUUCAUUUUUGGAAAGCAAAUCAUUUAUUUUCUUCCCCUUAUUUUGGAUAUUGGAACCACUUAAAAAGCUCCACAAUGUGUGUAAUGUGUAACGGUCUGGUUAAAGGAAUCUUUUUUCGGUGUGGCCCCUUUUAUUGACCCCUGGCACAUUAUAAAAAUAUAACUUAACAAGAAAAUAAAAAAAAUGGCAAAAAUGAAAAAAAAAAGGUAAUUUUACAAGAAUCGUGUCAAAAUAUUGAGAAAAAAGGUGUAACCCAACAAGUAAAAGUCGUAAUUUUACCAGAAUAAUGUCAUAAUAUUAUGAGGAAAAAUAACGUCAUUUCAGUAGCAUUAUGUUGAAUUAUUUUUUUUUUAAUGAGAUUUUUUCAAAGUCCCAAUAUUAUGAGAAACACACAAAACAAAAGUUUUAAUUUAUGGAAAAUUAGGUAGCGGAAAAAGAUAUAAUGUUAUGAGAAUAAAAUCAAAAUAUUAUGGGAAUAAAGUCCUAAUUAUGAGACAGCAGAAAUGGGGAAAAAUAGCUGCAAUUUUACGAGACUACAGUCAAAAUAUGGACAGAAAAAUGUUUACAAACAAAAUAAAAUUUUAAUGUUGGGAAAAUUGGGUUGGGGGAGAAGUUACAGUGUAAAAUGGGAAUAAAGUCAUAAUAUCAAAAAGAACAUUUACAAAGAGAAGAAAGUUGAAAUACUUGGAAGAUUUAAAAAAAAAAAGCAGAAAUGGGGGGGAAAAAAAGAGCAAAGACUGAAGCUGAUACCAAUAAUAGGCUCUUUUGCCUUUACCACAAAGCUGAGAUGCAGUUUUUUCUUACAAAAAUAUCAAAGUUUUUAGCAUAGCUUUACAAAAUAUCAAAGUGGCCCUUCCACCCUUUCAUUUUCACUAUGUGGCCCUCACUGGGGAAAAGUUUGGACACCUUUUGGGGAACACUUUUGUACCGUUCCACUACUUAAUAACGCUAGCCUGUGGCAUUUAUUAUGAAAGGUUCAUCUUGAAUUAUGAUGUUUUCCACUAUAAUUGAAGGCAGCGAGCUAAAUCGUCCCGAUGUGAGAGGUGUCCAUAGUGCAUUUGUGGCCCCCGCUGCUCGUUUUUCAUGGGCCUGCAGCACAUACCACGCAUAAAAUGAAGUACGGCCAACGUGAACGUUGCAAAGAAAUACUGACACCUGCAAACCAAACUGUCCGACUUCCUGUGCGCCUUUGCUUUCUGUCGUGAUGAACGUGUAGCAGACGGGACAACGGCGGCUUGUAUUUCUCUUCUGAGCAGGCUAUGUCCAAAAAUCUACUACAUUUUUAUAUUAAAACCCUCAAAAAGGCGAUUUAGUUGCUGAAAUAAGAAUAAUAAGUCCAACAAAUGGUUGCCUUUACCACAAAGCUGAGAUGUAGGCUGUUUUUUUAAUUAAUUGUAUUAAAUUACUCAGCGUGUUGGAUGGAUUUUACGUGCAUAAUGCCCGUCAAUCUUUAUAUGAGCUUCCCGGAAUGGAAAAAGUUUGGACACCCCUGCCCUAAAUGGUAGAUAAUCUUGGUGGACAUGUUAUUAAUAAUCCCCUGCAAGGACAAACUCAUAUCUUUUUUUCCCCCUCCAGUUCAAGUUAAAGAGCUUUAUUGUGCAUCUAAACUACAAUUGCAAAAGGAGCUGGGAAGUUUAGCUCAGAAAUUGUGAAAAUGUUGAAAGGUGGACACUUUUGGGGGAAUUAACUGGAAUUUUGUGGUCAUUUCCUCAAGAUAUUGUAUACAAACAAAGCAUUACAUAAGAAAGGCAUGCAAACUACAAUAAAUACUUUAGUGUGUUCUCAAUUUUUUAUUUUUUUUUACAAGUUCCCUGUCAUAGCCUGACAUGUAAUUUUGCAAACAUUCCCCUUAGUUCCCACAUAAAGUGUCCCUUUUUUUUUUGCAACUUCAAACAGGGAGGUGAUACUUGAAUAUUUAGACCUUUUAUGUGGAAAAACAACCCAGUGUUCAUUUUUGCGUAAAGGUUUGUUUUUGGAAGACUUGAAGUGAUCCAGACAUGUUGUAUGGAUUUUAUUUUCUUUAUUCAAAAAGUACAGUUUUUUGUAAUGAGGGUUUUGUUUGGCUGGAAGUGUUUUGUUGAGCUUGAAUGGUGCCAUCUGCAAAUCUGUCCCCCGUGUCCUUAAUCCAUUCUACUCGUAAUGGCCGUAUUUUAUUUUGUUUUUUCUUGUGUCCUGACAGUGUGCCCACGCCUUACUUAAAUGCAACGCAGUGCAUAAAACCUACAGCUCAUCAAUUUGUACUACUGCAAACAGAUGUUUAUUUUUUCACUGUAAACGUUGGACAUUGUAUUCAGCAACAGAGCAACAACAAAAAAAUCCCCACAAAACAGAUUCUUUUUUACUUUAUUUCUGUUCGUUUUCCUCAAGCAGGUGUGGAGGAGGAUGAUGUGAAGGAUGAGCGCCCCCACGUGCUAAUCUAGUGAUUGUUUUGUUCAAUGAGAAUGAUUCACCCCCAUUCGAAAGUUAUACGUUUUUAUCUGUGACAACAUUCUAGAGCGCAAAAUUUAUUUCAGAUCAUUUUGGUGGGACGGUGAGGGCUUAACAUUAUGUGAUAUAUAAUUAUCUAUGUAAAAACUAUUUGGAACAAGCUUAUUGUAACUUUCUGUUCUGAUUUAAGAUAACUUUAUUUUUCAUGUUUUCAUGAAACUUCAAAAAUGCCAGUGGACGCUGUUGCUACAAGAUCAAUAAAGUUCUGUAACAAGGAAA